AUGGAGUUCAGUGUAACUCCUACACUGAAAAAUGAGAGGCUAUUUGCCAAGCUAGACUCUGGUUGUUAUGGAUUCAAAGAAGAUGAUGAUUUUGGUGGUAACAUUAAAGGUGGAGGUGGUGGUUGUUGUGGAGGCGACGGUGCAGGAGAAGAAGGUGGCAACAGUGGUAGUGGAGGAGGAAGAAAAAGAGGAAGUGCUGGUGGUAAAAGAGGAGAAAGUGGUGAUGAUAAAGGAAUAAAGGGAAGAAUUGGUGGUGGUGAAGGUGGUGACAGCAACAGAAGGGCAAGGGAUGGCGGCGGCAGAAGGGUAGAGUGGGAUGGUGUAGGGGGUAGGGGGAGGGGUGGGAUGGAAAAUAUAAGAGUUUUUUUGUAA